ACAUUUACGAAUCUACACAACUGCGCAUUGGGGCGAAUGAGCUCAGGGCCCAGAAAUGUGGUGCAGGAACGAUCCCAGCCUUCAACUAAUUCUGUCACCUCUAACGUCUGGGGCAAGAACGUUUCAGGAAACCAAGGGGGACCGAGGCUCAGCGCCGAAGAGAAAGACGCCAACUGCGGGACCUGUCGCGCCUCCCGCGCCGGGGUGGAGCUGACCCCGCCGAGUCCCGCCCCUGCCUGAGUUCGCCAGUGGUCCAGGAGCCGCUUUUUUCCACUCGGGAAGACUUCAGAGAAGUCUCACAAAGGACUCGGCUGGCUGCUUUUCUCAGUGCCGAAGCCGCGCCAUGCUCGUUCUCAGAAGCGGCCUGACCAAGGCGCUUACCUCUCGGACGCUCGCGCCUCAGGUGUGUUCAUCUUUUGCUACGGGCCCUAGACAAUACGAUGGAACGUUCUAUGAAUUUCGUACUUAUUACCUUAAACCUUCAAAUAUGAAUGCGUUCAUGGAAAAUCUUAAGAAAAACAUUCAUCUUCGGACCUCUUACUCUGAAUUGGUUGGAUUCUGGAGUGUAGAAUUUGGAGGCAGAAUGAAUAAAGUGUUUCAUAUUUGGAAGUAUGAUAAUUUUGCUCAUCGAGCUGAAGUUCGGAAAGCCCUAGCCAACUGUAAGGAAUGGCAAGAACAAUCUAUCAUUCCAAAUUUGGCUCGCAUUGAUAAACAAGAGACGGAAAUUACUUACCUGAUACCAUGGUCCAAAUUAGAAAAGCCUCCAAAAGAAGGAGUCUAUGAACUAGCUGUUUUUCAGAUGAAACCUGGUGGGCCAGCUCUGUGGGGUGAUACAUUUGAAAGAGCAAUUAAUGCCCAUGUCAAUUUAGGCUACACAAAAGUAGUUGGUGUUUUCCACACAGAAUAUGGAGAACUCAACAGAGUUCAUGUUCUUUGGUGGAAUGAGAGUGCAGAUAGUCAUGCAGCUGGGAGACAUAAGUCCCAUGAGGAUCCCAGAGUUGUGGCUGCUGUUCGAGAAAGUGUCAACUACCUAGUGUCUCAGCAGAAUAUGCUUCUGAUUCCUGCAUCAUUUUCACCAUUGAAAUAGUUUUCUACUGAAAUACAAAACAUUUCAUUAACUGCUGUAAGAUGUGUCUGCUAAUGGUGCUUAAAUUCUCCCAAGAGGUUCUCGCUUUUAUUUGAAGGAGGUGGUAAGUUAAUUAGUUAAUUUGCUAUGCUUCUUGCAUUUUUGAAAGUUACAUAUUCUCCACUGCUUUAAGAAAUAAUUCAGUUCACUUUCACCUUGGCAUUUCAGUAUCUGUUACACAUUAGAAGUAGUUGUCACUAUUUCAUCAUCUUGGUUUUUCAUUUGUUUUAGAAUACCUCUUCUGUAUUUUGAUAACUCAUUGCUUUAUACCAUUUUCUUUUACUCAAAUAAGGAUUUUACAUUUCCUUGCCUGACAGUAUUUUUAAAUUAUUUAUAUAAAAUAUCUAUCUUUUCAUCAUGUCUAUAGUUCCUGAGAUUUUAAAAAAAUUUGCUUAGUAAAGGUUAUUUUGUGAUAUAAAAUGGGAUUUAUAAAAAUAUUAGAUUGUUUAUUUCUUUACUGUGGAAAAGUAGAAUGUCAUCUGUAUUAAUUAUUGCUUUUACAUUGAUUAUUAGUCAUUCUAACUUGGAAAAUAAUGCAAUUGGGUCACAGUGUUAAAAAUCUAGAAAAGACCUGUUGGUUUAUAUGCUGAAAUUGUUCAUUUAUAAUUAAUUUUACUAAUUUCUACUUAGUUUGGAUCACUAACAGAGAUCUUGGGACAUUUAUUUGUUUUAAAGAAAUAUUUAUGGUUAUGGAAAUGCUUGCCCUAAUAAAAAUCCUGCAUAUUCAUUGUUUUUUUAAAUUCACAUUUUAUACUUAUAUGAUCUCUAAAGCUCUUACUAUGUUGCUAUGAGACAGUAAUAUGGUGAUAAUUUACCAACUUUAUUGAAAAUGUUGUUAUAUCAAUAAAAUAGCAUGCUGGGAACCUGAGAAGGAAGGUUUCUUUAGUACCGCCACA